CCAAAUCCGGGUUUAUAAAACAGCUUCUUCCUCAUUCAGACUUUCACAGUUGAACCAAUUUCAUCCCGUUGUCACCGAAUUCCACACACACAUCGUCUCCAUUUUUCUGUCCAGAAUUAAAGUCAAUCUAAUACUCAAUUGAUGGCUCCGACUCUAGCGUUGCACUGCCGUGAAUCGACGCCGGAGGUGACGGAGGAGCUGCGAAAGAGAUACGAGGAGAUGGAGAGGGAGUUGAAGAGCAGCAGGGAAAGAGAGGAGAAGAUGAGGAGAGAGUUAGAGAGGACGUGGCAGAGGUUGAGGGUGGCGGAGGAGGCGGAGGAGCGGCUGAGCUCUCAGCUCGGAGAGCUUGAAGCGGAGGCGGUGGGCCAGGCUCGAGCGUACAGGGCGCGUGUUAUGGCGUUGAUGGAUCAGCUUUCUGCUGCCACCAAGCUAAUCCCUCCCGCGCCUUCUGUUCCCCUUAAUUGUUAGGAUGUGAUUAAUUAUUUGAUUUCUGAUCUGAUUAAUGCAAGUGAGAGUAAUGGUAGUUGCAUAAUCUGUAAUCUUGUAGUGUAAUAAAAAUACAAAGUUUAUAUGUAUGUUCAGUAAUCUGCUAGAUCUCUUAUUUCAUCUCGUCCAAACAAGUUUGAACAUACAUUCCAUGCUUAUUAGUGGAGAGGCGAAAUUCCACUUAUCGUCCUUCGAGUUUUAC